GAUCGCCAACGCAUAAAGUCGGGUCCAAAGUAAGAUAGCAAAUUUCUGAAUACUGAGUAAGGGUCAGAUAUUUCGUUGCGAAAUGCUUUACAUCGGGCCCUGUAAGCUAUUGAUGCUUUUGACCAUGAUUGGGGCUCCUGCAGCUGAGGCCCAUAUUGGCAACAAGGCACACGAUAAUCAGAGGUAUUCGAACUACAAGCCGGCAUUCGUUCGUUCCGCAGUCGAGAGCAUUCCUUUGGAUACCCGAUUUAUUACACGUCCCGAGUUUAUACCAACGAUAUAUCAGAGAAGGUCAUCUGAUAUACGAUCUUUUGUGAGGGAUUCCGUGGAGUCAGCCCCAAGCGACGAAGGCGAGUUGGAGAAUAUAAAUUUCUCCACAAACCUUGAGAGCUAUGACAGAAAUAUUGAUGUAGAUAUUAAACAAAAAAACAAAAAACUAACACAGCAUCAAAAUUCAGAUCGGUUUUCCAUUUCUGACAAAUAUCCUGUUAUUAUUGCACAACAGAGCUCAGACGACUUUAUUCCUAUGCCGUACCGCGCUGGCUCACAGCAUCAGCAGUUGCUUAAAACGAUGAAUGACGAAAUGUUUAAACAAAUUGAUGAAACUGAUCGAAAUACGAAGCAUCAGACAUACGGCGGAUUAGGGCAAGAAGGUUUAAAGCAGAGGAAGGACUUAAACACCACCAAAGUUCUUUGUUACAUGUCAAACUGGGCCUUUUACCGACGGGGAGAAGGUCAUUUUUUGCCAGAGCAGAUCGAUCCAAAGCUGUGUUCUAUAUUAAUUUAUUCGUUCGCCUCCCUGGACCCCGACCACCUCACCAUUAAACCAUUUGAUCCCUGGGUUGAUCUGGAUAACAACUACUUCCACCGGAUUAUAUCACUAGGAGUACCCGUGUUAAUCGCCUUGGGUGGUUGGACAGACUCUAACGACUCCAAGUACUCUCGCUUGGCCAGCGACUAUAUUAAAAGACGAGUUUUUGCAUCCAGUGCUGCCAGCUUUCUGAAGCGUUAUGGAUUUAGUGGCCUGCACUUGGACUGGAAUUACCCAAAAUGUUGGCAAAGCGACUGCUCAAAAGGACCAGCCAGUGACAAGCCCAACCUGACAAAGCUUUUACGUGAACUGCGUUCUGAGUUUAAUCGUGUUAAUCGGCAAUUUCAGGUUGGAGUGUCCAUCUCCGGCUAUAAAGAGAUCAUAACCGAAGCCUAUGAAAUUUCCGCUUUGUCGGAAAUAGUGGACUAUAUGACAGUAAUGACCUAUGACUACCAUGGCGCAUGGGAACAGCAAACAGGUCAUGUCAGUCCAUUAUAUGGUUCUUCAUUGGACAAAUAUCCCCAAUACAAUACGGACUAUACGAUGCAACUCUUAAUAAAAAUGGGGGCGCGCAGAGAAAAGCUUGUGUUAAGCAUUCCAUUCUACGGCCAGAGUUUUACAUUGGCACAGAGUUACCAGAAACUGGCUGGAGUAGGCGUCUCAGCCAGUGGACCUGGAGAAGCAGGCGAAUGGACAAAGCAGCCAGGAAUGCUUGCUUACUACGAAAUCUGCAUUCGCCUAAAAAAGGAUAUGUGGAUGAGUGAUCGAGAUGCAACACGGGGAUUUGAACCUUAUGCCAUGCGGAAGGACCAGUGGGUAGGUUACGAAGAUCCUAUCAGUGUCGCAGCGAAGGCUCGAUAUGCAGCCGACAAUCACUUUGCCGGAGUGGCGGCCUGGACCAUCGACCUAGAUGACUUUCAAAAUUACUGUUGCAGCGGGAGUUAUACCUUACUUAAAGCCAUUAACAAAGCACUGGGACGUUGGGACUCGAAGCUACCGAAUCGAACUAACUGUGAUCGUCCGCCGUUGAUUAUAACGCCAUUGCCAUCCGAAAUGAUAACGAACGGUAACGAUGGCUCUUCAGAUCCGGGACAAAGUCAGUAUUACACAACUUCCCGGCCAAUCUUUGAGGCUAGCAAUAGACCCUCCAUCACCACUACAAAACAGCCAAUGCACCCAAAUACAACAAAAGAACCAAAAACUACCACCACUAUUAGCACCAUCGUCCCCUGGUGGAGCACAACUACAAAACAACCGGGUCAGACGAUGACUAGCUCCAAGCCAACACACAUCACGUUCCCCAUGCCGGCAGCGAUUUAUCCGGUUUUACAGAACACGAACUGCGAGAGUGGCGAAUUCUUUGCCGACUCAAAAAAUUGCAAUGCUUAUUACCACUGCAUUACUGCAGGAGAAAUGCUACAACACUUUUGUCCCGGUAGUCUUCAUUGGAAUAAUGAGGCCAAGGGUUGCGACUGGCCGACAUCUGCAAAGUGCUCAGUAAACCACAAUCAAGAAUCGAGUAAUGCUCCUUUGAAUUUCGGUUUAUCUUCAAAAAAUCCAAUAACAACAUCGAAACCCAGCAGAAAACCGACUGAAUCUGUCUUAAAUCAUCUAGUCAGUAGCUCCUCCAGCCGACCGCAAUCAUAUCGUCCACGUCCAUCCGAUAGUUGCAUCGAGGGGGAAUACUACACCCAUAAGAGUUGCGAAAAAUAUAACAUUUGCGUUAAUGAAGCACUUGUACCUGGUGAGUGCGGUGGAGACUUGCAUUGGGACGCAAUCAAUAAAAUCUGUAACUGGCCAGAGAAAGUUCAGUGCGUGACAAGCAAAAAAUACCUAAAAAUUAUUGAAGAUGGACGCACCAACGAGGAAGAUCCAUGCAACGGCGAAGAUCGAGUCCCCUAUCCGGGUGACUGUUCCAAAUACCUCUUAUGCUUAUGGAACCGACUUCAGGCCGGUGACUGUCCACCAGGACUGCACUACAGUGAGAAUAUCGGAAACUGCGACUGGCCAGAAAAAGCUAUGUGCAAUCAUAACUCUAGUUUUGGCAGCGGGGAAACAGGACUGACCGGUGAUCCAAAUCCUCCGACUUUUGUAAAUCCUCCACUGAUAACCCAAAAGCCGAGUAGCCUACCACACCCAAUUUUCUCUACAGAAAAGCCAGUUAUGCCUCUUGACGGCUACUACAAAGUAGUAUGCUACUUUACCAAUUGGGCCUGGUACCGCAAAGGCUUAGGUCGCUAUACUCCCGAAGACAUAAACACAGACAUGUGCACUCAUAUAGUGUAUGGGUUCGCCGUGCUGGAUUAUUCAGAUCUCAUUCUUCGCACCCAUGAUUCCUGGGCCGAUAUUGACAAUAACUUCUACACAAGAGUUAGUAGCCUCAAAAGCAAGGGCAUUAAGGUAAGCUUGGCACUCGGUGGAUGGAACGAUUCGCAAGGUGAUAAGUACAGUCGGCUAGUACGAAGUCCGAUGGCAAGAGCCCGCUUUGUACGUCACGCUCUCGAGUUUAUUAAGAAAUAUGGGUUCGAGGGUCUUGACUUAGACUGGGAGUACCCAGUAUGCUGGCAAACGGAGUGCAAUAAGGGGUUUUCCGAAGAAAAGGAGGGUUUUACUGCCUGGGUUCGUGAACUCUCUGAAGCGUUUCGACCUAGAGGACUUUUGUUGUCUGCUGCAGUCUCACCUAGCAAGAAAAUCAUUGAUGCAGGAUAUGACAUUCCCCAGUUGUCUUACUAUUUCGAUUGGAUUGCUGUUAUGACAUAUGAUUUCCAUGGGCAGUGGGAUAAGAAAACCGGGCAUGUGGCUCCUAUCUACUAUCAUCCCGACGACGAUUUUGAGCAUUUUAACGCGAAUUUUUCAAUAAACUAUUGGAUUGAAAAAGGAGCACCAGCACGGAAACUCGUAAUGGGUAUGCCACUAUACGGCCAAUCGUUCACUUUAGAAAACGCAAGCAACAGUGGCUUAAAUGCCAAGGCGCCCAGUCCCGGACAAGCUGGAGAAUUUACCAAAGCCGCUGGAUUUCUUGCUUACUAUGAGAUUUGUGAACGGGUCAAUCACCAGGGUUGGGAGGUGGUCCAGGACGAACUUGGCCGAAUGGGUCCGUACGCCCACAAAGGAACACAGUGGGUUUCUUACGAUGAUCCUGAUAUUAUUCGAAAAAAGGCGCAUAUGGUGAGGUCAUUGAAUUUGGGCGGAGGAAUGGUGUGGGCCCUCGACCUCGAUGACUUUCGCAAUCAAUGCGGUAAUGGCGUUUAUCCUUUACUACGGGAGCUCCACGAUGUGUUGAAGGAUCCACCAAGCUUUUUUGCAUCAAUUCCUGGCUUGGCUUCCACUGAAUCUACAUCCGUGAAGGACCAGUUCAUGUCGAGCGAACCCGAAACUUCUGCUGUUGAAGGAGAGUCAGGGGAAGCAGAUGGAGUAACCGGUGAAAACGAAAACCAUCUUGAGCACUUAGAAUUAGGGCUACAUGAUUCUAGAGAGGAAGGAGGUGCAAUGCAGACUAUUGAGGCGAGCGAUAUGGUAGAUUCCACUGAGACUUCACAGGAAAAGAGGGUCGAUCAAAACAAAGACAUUGGAAUAGAAAAUUUUAAAAUGGAAUCCAGCGAAUCGAUCCCUAGUCUCAAUGUUCCAUCCGAAUUUAAGGUUGUCUGUUAUUUUACCAACUGGGCCUGGUACCGCCAAGGCGGUGGGAAGUUCCUCCCGGAAUAUAUUAACCCCGAUCUGUGCACCCACAUAGUCUAUGGUUUUGCUGUUCUUAACCGUGAAAAUCUAAGAAUUGAGCCCCAUGACUCCUGGGCGGACUUGGAUAACAUUUUCUAUGAGCGUGUUAUGGCCUACCGUAAAAAAGGAACAAAGGUUAUGGUGGCUAUUGGCGGAUGGAACGACUCUGCUGGAGAUAAAUACGCCCGAAUUGUACAAAAUUCAGAAGCUAGAGCGCUGUUCAUCCGUCAUGUCUUAGAUUUCAUUAAGCAGUAUAACUUUGACGGGCUCGACAUAUACUGGGAUUAUCCCGUGUGCUGGAAGGUGGGCUGUCAAAAAGGUAUGUCAGGUGAAAAGAACGGAUUUACUGCCCUGGUGCGCGAGCUCUCCCACGCAUUUGAGCCGAAGGGCUUAAUUCUCUCGGCUGCCGUAUCUCCCAAUAAGACAGUGAUUGAUGCUGGAUACGAUAUUCCCGAGAUAUCUCGCUAUUUAGACUGGAUCUCAGUGAUGACUUAUGACUACCACGGCCAGUGGGAUAAGCAGACUGGUCACUUAGCACCCAUGUACGACCACCCCGAAGGAACACUGAACUUUAACGUUAAUUUUUCUAUGAACUAUUGGAUAACUAUGGGAACUGACCGAAGGAAAUUGGUAAUGGGAAUUCCCGCGUAUGGCCAGUCAUUUUCUCUGGCUGAUACUACCAAGCAUCAGCUUAAUGCGCCAGCGUUCGGCGGUGGUGAAGCGGGUGAAGCCACAAGAUCUAGGGGUUUUCUGGCAUACUAUGAAAUCUGCGUGUACAUCCGUCAGCGUAAGUGGAACGUGGUAAGAGAUACCAAAGGUCGGAUGGGACCUUUCGCCUAUCUGGAAAACCAGUGGGUCUCCUUCGACGAUAUAUCCAUGAUUCUUCAUAAAAGCGAGUACAUCAAGGCAAUGGGCCUUGGUGGAGCUAUGAUCUGGGCUAUCGAUUUGGAUGACUUCAAAAAUUAUUGCGAAUGUGAGUCUUAUCCCAUUCUUAAAACCAUUAAUAGAGUUCUCAGAGGUUUCGGAGGUCCACACCCAAAAUGUACUCUAGAAGUACGUCAGGACACAAGUAGUGCAUUCGGCAAUCCGUCCAUGAAGCCCACUGCCAACGCGCCAGUGGGAGCUCAUGAUAUUCAUCCUCAGGAAACACAUAAUUCAUAUUUAAAUAAAACUAAUCAGCCGGUUCUUCCCAUCAAAUGUGACGGAAAAAACUACUUGCCUCACGAAAGCGACAACAAUAGGUAUUAUAUCUGCCAAAACGGAGUUCAGCUGGAGCAACG